AUGGGAAGUGAUUCAGGUAAUUCAAGGAACGAUGCGAGGGAAGAUGAUGGUGAUGAUAGCAAUGGCCGGGGCGAGCAGGCAAUUUAUAUCUUCAUCGUCGAGCGAGAUGGCACCUCGCUUCAUAUCAUCUUCAUUCACUUGCUGUCGGGGAGAAUUGAGGUCUGGUGGAGCUUGGCCCCCAAGUUGAGUCGGAGCGAGCUUGUCGCGAGAGAUCCGAUGUCUCGUCACCGUUUCAUCAGCGGAGGAGUUAAUAUUCAGCACUGCUGUGGAGAGAUGUUGAACACUAUCCUUCUUCCACUUUCUCAUCUUCUCAUUUGGCAAGAGGUCUUUCUAGACAGUUUAGAAACGGACCCUGACCCCAUGCUCUGCAGGGCAGAAAACCUAAAGGAAGCACUAGUGACCGGUAACGACCCGGGAUGGUGUUUGGCGAUCCAGAAACGAGUCCUGCAGAACCGUUUCGGCCCGCAGGAAUCCGGAAAGGAAUGGGAAUACGACCUGGGGGCCUUGGGGGCCGCAGCAGGCGAGGAUCGUCAUAGGAUCGACGAGUGGCCGUUAUUGAGGUUAUUUAUAGGCUUGGGGUGGUUUUACAGUGAGACGGCCCCCGACCGGUUCAUUAUGCGGUGCCAGAAGGGGAAGGAAGUGUACGGAAUCAAUUCCCGACCGUGA